AUGAGUGCUCCUUCUUCUUCGUCCGGCGUUGGGGACAAGCCUCCUGUAUCCGAGAAGAACGUGAAUGCGGAGAGCACGGUCGUCGCUCUGAGCAAUGAAAACGAUCAGCCCAGCAUCCUCGACGGGUUGGGUUCAGAUGACAGCCAAAGUCCCCAAAAUUGGAGUCCGUGGAAGAAGCGACUUGUGUUUCUCGCACUGAUGUCCAGCUCAAUACUUGCCGACGGAGGCAUGACCUGGGGUGCAACUCUCGUGGCUCCCCAAGCAAUUGAAUGGCACACCUCCAUCACGCAUUCGGCUACUUCGCUCAACUACGGUAUCCUGCUUCAGGGCUUUGGCGGCAUCUUUGCGGUGCCUUUUAUCGACGCAUACGGCCGCCUCCCCGUCUGGCUCUUUCCCCAGGUCGUCACCCUCUUUGUCGUACUCGGCUGCGUUUAUGCUCAGUCAUGGUCUGUUUUCACGGCUUUGCGUGCCCUCCAGGGCCUCUUUGGAACAGUGCCUCAAGUGAUUGGUUUGCCAAUUAUUCACGACAUGUACGCUCCGCACGAAUGGCCACGAUACAUCAACAUCUGGGGAACAACCUUCCUGGUCGGGCCUUUCCUCUUUCCUGCUCUAGCUGGGUACAUUUUGCAAGGCACCGGCUCCUGGCGUGACUGCUUCAAAGUCCUCACAGGUUUCUAUGGAUUUUCUACGAUGCUGAUCCUGGCCUUCGGUUACGAGACAUACUACAACAGGUCAACGGGCGUCCAGCAGACCAACCGGAUCAAGUCGUUCUUUGGUAUCGGUAACACCAACUUGCCAAAGGCGCAGACGCUCGCGGAGUCGACUAUCAAUAUCGUCAAACUAACCUUCACCCUCCCAAUCCUCCUUGUCGGACUUUCCACCAUGAUCAACUUCACGUGGCCCAUUGGAAUCACCACGACCGUUGACGCAUUUGUUCGAGCACCGCCGUAUCUCUUCGGCAACGUGGCCGAUGCCUCCAUCCGCUUUGCCGGUGUCAUCGGGGCUCUUUUGGGCUUCUGCUUUGGAUACUUCUUCAACGAAUGGAUCUACAACGGAUCUGGUGGGAAACGAAAGGCGCACUGGCGAAGUGAGUACAGAUUGCAUGGCGUGUGGUUCCCGAUCGGCAGCAUGGUGUGUGGCUUGCUGACCUAUGGUCUCACGCUCAACUACGGAAAAAGCUGGGUUGGACUUGCAUUUGGCUGGGUCAUGGUGAACAUCGGACUAGUCGGCACCAUGGUCGCCAUCACUGCCUUUGCGCUCGAGAAAUACCCCACGCACUCUGCGGUUGUGUCGGCCAUCAUCAACAUGUGGCGCACCUGUGGCGGGUUCGCAGUUGGAUAUUUCCAGCCCAGUUGGAUUGCGAAGGAUGGCGUGGCUGCGGUCUUCGCGACACAGGCUGCUGUCGUGGCUGUGUGCGCCGUCAUUCUCAUCGGAGCAACCAUUUGGCUCGGAAGACGUGCUGCAAGCAGCAAGACGGCGGCAGAUGUCACUGGCGAAGCGUGA